AUGGCCAACACACAGAAUCCCCCAGCCGUCCCUCCUACACAACCCGCCCCUCCUCAGGCCUCGACGAACACCACCCCGCGCUUCUCUCCACAGGAUGUCACCGUCGUUUUCCUGCUAGGUGGACCGGGCAGCGGCAAGGGCACGCAAUCCACCAACCUAGUCCGCGACUACGGUUUCAUCCAUCUGUCCGCAGGCGAUCUGCUGCGCGCGGAACAGGUCCGCGAGGGAAGCCAGUACGGCGACCUCAUCCGCACGUACAUCAAAGAGGGCAAGAUCGUGCCCAUGGAGAUCACGGUGGCGCUGCUGUCGAACGCCAUGGCCGAUGCGUUGGCGGCCGGUGCCGGCGCUACCGCUGACGGUGGGAAGAAGAAGGCCCGAUUCCUAAUCGACGGGUUCCCGCGCAAGCUCGACCAGGCCGUGUUCUUCGAGGAUACCGUCUGCCCGUCGGAAAUGACUCUGUUCCUGGACUGCCCCGAGGAGGUGAUGGAGAAGCGGUUGCUCAAGCGCGGGGAGACCUCGGGGCGUGACGACGACAAUGCCGAGUCGAUCCGCAAGCGGUUCCGGGUGUUUGUUGAGACCAGUAUGCCGGUUGUGCGGGCCUUCGAGGAACAGCAGAAGGUCUUGUCUGUCUCCGCUACGGGGGCGGUCGAUGAAGUGUAUGCCAGAAUCAGGGAGGGACUCGAGAAGAAGGGUGUCCAGCCUAUCUGA